AUGUUGAAAAUUUCAGUUAUCAUUGCUCAUGAUGUUGAACCUAUUGAACUUGUUCUACAUUUACCAACAUUAUGUCGUAAAAUGGGUAUUCCAUAUUGUAUUGUUAAAGGCAAAGCACGUCUUGGUCGUCUUGUUCAUUUAAAAACUUGUUCAUCAUUAGCUUUAACUGAUGUUAAUACUGAAGACAAAUCUGGUUUGGGUAAAUUAGUUGAAGCAAUUAAAACGAAUUUUAAUGAACGUUAUGAUGAAUUACGUCGUCAUUGGGGUGGUGGUGUUUUGGGUAAUAAAUCUCAAGCACGUAUUAAUCGACUAGAACGUCUUAAAGCUCGAGAAGCAGCACAUCAACGAAAUGCUUAA